CAUAAAAGUUCAAAAGAAGCGUCAAGGUAAGGCUUUAAAUAAAAGCGAACAGAUAGUGCAUCAAUUUUUAAGUUCACAAACGGUCAACUAUGGGAAAACUAUUGCUUUCAUUUGUGUUUCUCUGUUGGGCUACGGUAACGCAAAGUAAAAGUCCUCUUACUUUGAUGAAAUGUGGACUUGAGGAAAUAACUCGAAGUGGAGAUCGAAUAGUUGGUGGAAGAGAUGCUUAUAUUGGUGAAUUCCCGUGGCAGGCGUCUUUAAAAUUUAAAAAUUUCUUUAUUCCACCAACUCAUCUAUGUGGAGCCAGUAUUCUUAAUAAUAGAUGGAUCAUUACAGCGGCUCAUUGCGUUCAUAAGAGAUCUACUGGAAAUUUUGAAAUUGCAGUUGGCAUUACUAGCCAGGAGGAGACGGAUUUCAAGUCUUAUAAAGUCGACAGAAUCAAGGUUCAUCAGCAGUUCGAUCCCGAGACCUUCCUGAAUGACAUCGCAGUGAUCCACGUGAGUAAGCCUAUUGCACUGAGCAGUGAAGUGAACGGCAUCUGCCUUCCCCAAGUCGACCAGAACGUGACAGGUUUCGCCACCACAACGGGUUGGGGAGCUACACUAGAAGAUGGAGAUAUGUCAAGCAUUCUACAGUCAGUAGAGAUUCCUCUAAUACCUCAAGAAAAAUGCCUUGAACUUUUUGGUCCUGGAAAUUAUUUUAUUCCUGAGAUGCUAUGUGCUGGAGAGUUAAAAGGUGGAGUUGAUUCUUGUCAGGGAGAUUCUGGUGGUCCUCUCAUACAACAACAGAAUGGACGCGCCGUUUUGAUUGGCGUCGUUUCUUGGGGUGUAGGAUGUGCGCGUCCUGGAUUUCCAGGAGUGUAUACCAGAGUAUCGCACUACAUAGACUGGAUCCAGAGAAAUACUGAUUCAGUGUGUGGUGACGAAAGUGUCAACAUGGCUAAUUGUGGCAUAAGUAAAGUUUCGAACAACGGGAAUAAAAUUGUUGGAGGGCGCAAUGCAAUGGAAGGAGAAUUUCCUUGGCAGUUGUCUCUUCAAAUGAGGCCUUUUCCCAUAAUUACCAAGUUUCAACACAUAUGUGGAGCUUCUAUUCUCACCCCUAAUUGGGCAGUGACAGCGGCUCAUUGCAUUGCAGGUGGAUAUGCUACAUCUUAUCGAGUUAUGGCAGGAGCUAUGAAUAUUAGUAAGCGAGCGACUCCAACAACUCAUUUGGCAAUACCAAUAGUUCAUGAAGGCUAUAAUCCAAUGGCUUCUUUGAAAAACGAUAUAGCUCUUUUGAGACUUACUACUCCUAUAGACAUAAUAGGCUCAGACGGACUAGUAAAUGGAGUUUGCCUGCCUCCUAAAGAAAUGGCAGACAAUGUCACCGGCAUGGGUACUGUUUCAGGAUGGGGCACAACUAGUCAAGGAGGGUCUCUUUCUGAUCAAUUGCAAGCAGUCGAUGUUCCAAUUUUAACGGAUGAGAAAUGCAAAGAAGUUUAUAAAGAUAAUUACGAAUCUACGAUGUUAUGUGCUGGUUAUGAAGAGGGUGGGCGUGAUUCUUGUCAGGGAGAUUCUGGUGGUCCCUUUGUGCAAAAGUCAAGUGAUGGUACUUCAAAUUUGAUCGGAAUUGUGUCUUGGGGAUACGGCUGUGCUCAACCAAAUUAUCCCGGUGUCUAUACCGAAACAGCUCAUUAUCUAGAUUGGAUUGCACGUACUAUGAGGACCGUCGGAGGUGGUAGUGGUAUAUCUCCUCAAUAAAUGCGAACUUUUAUGUAAUUAUUUAUUCGAUGUGUUUGUA